AGUUACCCAAUGAUUAUUCACUCAUGACUAGUGAAUUAACAACGAGUCGUACUCUUUGUUCAUACUGCUCAAUCCUCAUUGUUAGCGAUAACCUGGAUUAUCUAACUCCCGCUACGAGUAUCAGCAUCCAGGUUACCCUCCCAUCCACCAAUUUUUUUUUUCCCCCACCAAAUUUUCUUCCGAAACCUUAAUCCGACUCCACCAAAAUGUCAUUGAAAACACAUUUCCGCCCCGAAAAGAUCAUUCAGCCCUUUUACACCGGCGGAAAAGUCGCUCUUGACCAAAGUGGAAGAAUAUUGGCAACUACGCUUGACGAGGAUGUGCUUGUUACCAAUUUCGAGACAGGGGAGGAACUGGCUAGACUUGAGGGUGUAUGUUUGCCUCCAAUAUUCUAUACGCAAUUGACAGCUGACGGUACUAAAUGAAAUAAUAGGAUAUGGAACCGGUCACUACGCUAGCUUGUGAGUUUUAUCCAGACACCGGAGAGAUAAAGGCAAGAUGCUAAUAGAGAAUCGCAGUGACACCGGAUGCUUCACACUUGAUUAUUUGCUCGCGCAGCUACUCUAUGCGCAUAUACAGCUUGAGCCCAACUCAUAAAGAAAACACUGCCCACGUAAAGCCCGCCCUAUUGCGCACCGUCAAGGCGCACACGGCACCUGUAAUUGUCGCAGAAACUGACCCGACGGGAACACUCCUCGCUACCGGAGGCGCCGACGGCUUGGUCAAAGUCUGGGACAUCAAAGGCGGUUUCGUAACUCACAACCUGCGGGGCCAUGGUGGUGUUAUUUCCGCGAUGAAGUUCUACAGGCCAGAGAAUGUCGUGCGUAAUGAGCGAGGCGGUCGGAAGAGCAGCAAGGUGACAGCGGACUCAGAAGUUAUCGGGUGGCGGCUGGCUACGGGCGCGGAUGAUGCAAUUGUCAGAGUCUGGGAUUUGGAAACUAGUAAGUGCAUUGCGGCAUUGGAGAGCCAUGUCAGUGUUGUUCGGGGGUUAGAUUGGUCCCGGGAUGGCAGGACGUUGGUCAGCGGAAGCAGAGAUCAGGUUGUAUGCGUUUGGGAUGCGAAGGGCCUGAAACUGAAGGGAACUAUUCCGGUCUUGGAGGAGUUGGAGACUGUGGGCAUUCUACCGACUGGGACUGUUAAUCUGGAGGGAGUUGAAGGACAGGUGCUAUACAUGGGAGGCAAGAAGAACAGGAUUCGGUUAUGGGAUUUAUCUGGCGGAAAAGAAAUUACUCGAGCCGAGGAUGAGGAUGAAGAGGGGGGCGCAGAAGGAAUUGUAGAUAUUUUGUUUGUAAUACCCUCCCCUCGAGCUUUUUACAUUUCACUAAUAAUCCUAGAUACAAUCCCUCCCUCAAUUCCUUAAUAUCGAUCCACAACGAUCAGACCCUUCUCACCCACAGCCUAGAACUCCCAACUCCAAACCCAACAAAUCUCCCAGUAAUCCGCCGCAUCUCCGGCCACCAUGACGAAAUCAUCGAUCUCCAAUACCUAACCCCAACCUCCUCUCUUAUAGCCCUAGCAACAAACUCCGAAGACGUCCGCAUCCUCUCUGUCGACAACUCAUUCAGCGACGCUGGUAUCCUCUAUGGCCACGGCGAUAUCGUAAUCUGCCUUGAUCGUGAUUGGUCUGGAUGCUGGCUCGCUACCGGUGGAAAAGACAACGAAGCGCGACUCUGGCAUAUAGAUGAGAAAAACAAUUCCUUCACAUGCCACUCACGAUAUACCGGGCAUGCCGAGAGUAUUGGCGCUAUCGCACUCCCGAGAAAAGCCCCACCAGCAGAGAGUGAGGCCGGUAGGAAAUUCUCCGCGCCCAAGUUUAUGGUAACAGGGAGCCAGGACCGCACGAUUAAGAUGUGGCAAGUUAGGAAAAGCAAGGCGACCUACACUAAAAAGGCGCAUGAUAAGGACAUAAAUGCGAUCGACAUAUCACCUGACGACAGUAUGUUCGCCUCUGCAUCUCAAGAUCGCACGGUGAAGAUUUGGUCGCUGGAGGAAGGGGAGGUAAUUGGUGUUCUACGUGGUCAUCGUCGAGGCGUGUGGUCCGUGAAGUUUGCUCCGUACUCGAUCACGGCAGCGGUGGUCGGCGGCAUAGAGGGAACCAAGGGCGGUAGAAUGGUUGUCACUGGAAGCGGGGAUAGAACAGUAAAACUCUGGAGUCUGACAGAUUACAGCUGCCUGAAGACUUUCGAAGGGCACACCAACAGCGUUUUAAAAACAGUGUGGCUAACAAGCGGCCUACAAGUCGCCAGUUCCGGCGGCGACGGCCUUGUGAAAGUCUGGGACGUCAAGAGUGGUGAAUGUAAUACUACCCUAGACAAUCACGAAGACAAAGUACCCCCCUCCCCCCUCCCCCUCCUCCCAUUACGAACAUAACUAACUAGCAACAUUAAUUCAGGUCUGGGCCCUCGCUGUGCGCCCCGACGACAAAGUCCUCGUCUCCGGUGGUGGCGACUCAGUUGUAACAUUCUGGGCUGACGUAACUACCGAAAUCGCCGAAACCACUGCGAAAGAAGAGGAAGCGCAAAUCGAACAAGAGCAAACACUCCAAAACCAUAUCCACAACGCCGACUACCGCGCCGCAAUCACCCUCGCGCUCACACUAAACCACCCCGGCCGUCUGCUGAACCUCUUCACCGCAGUAGUCAAAACCUCACCUCCAGAGGAAGGCUCGAUAAGCGGCCUACUAGCGGUAGAUGAGGUCAUUGGAAACCUGAGUAACGAGCAAUUAUCUAUCUUAAUACUCAGAAUCAGAGACUGGAAUACGAAUGCCAAGACCGCUACAGUCGCGCAGAGGAUUAUGCAUCUUGUGUUUAGGAGCUAUGGUGUGCAGCGGUUGUUGGGGUUGAAGGUGGAUUUAACGGGGUGGGAGGCUAUCCUGAGCUAUACGAUGAGGCACUACAAGAAGGUGGAGGAGUUAGUUGACGAGAGUUACCUAGUGGAUUAUACACUCAGGGAGAUGGAGGAGAUGAUGGAGGAGGAUGUCGAUGGGAUGGAUGGGAUCGAGAUUUCGGUAGCGGUUGUAUAAUAGCUGUAGGAAGAGAAUUCAGGGGAGAGUGGGGGGAUUGUAAAAAGUAUCUGUUACUGCUAGAUAGCUAGAGUGCGAUAUCUGGAUAGAUAAAAGUUCAUCUCAUCUUCACAAAAUCGCCAUAAACAAACAAAACUCUGUCUUUCUAGUAAUAACACUCUCCCCAAAAUAUUCUACCGACCAC